GCCAAAGCCAAAGCCAAAGCUUUAAGAAUGGGUAAUGUUGGUGAGGACAGGGGUUCAAAGAGGUGGGAUAGAAGGAAACAGGAGGAUGCUAUAGGGUACUGGUGCGGGGAGAGUGCAGCGAUGGUAGCCAACAAAAGGGUGAUGGUGGUGGUAGACCAGAGUGGCAGAUCCAAGCAUGCUAUGAAAUGUGCACUGACCCAUCUGGUCAACAAGGGAGACCUCCUUACCCUCCUCCAUGUCGUCCCUCCUAACCCUCGCCGCUACCUCAGGAGCUCUGUAGCAGGCGCAGGCGCAGGAGCAGGACAUGAUAUUCCCACCCUCGCAAAUUCCCUCGGUGCCCUUUGCAAAGCCUGCAAACCAGAGGUGGAGGUGGAGGCUCUGGUCAUUAAGGGCCCGAAGCUGGCUGCAGUCCUGAGCCAAGUGAGGAAGCUUGAGGUGUCCGUUCUGGUGCUGAGCCAAGGAAAGCCUUCUCCACUUUGUUGCAUGAUCCGCAGCAGCAGCGAGGAAUUCGUAGAGGAGUGCAUUAGCAACGCGGAGUGCUUGACGCUGGCGGUGAGGAAGCAGAGCAGGGGAGUCGGUGGGUACUUGCUCAGCUCAAGGUGGCACAAGAACUUCUGGCUGUUGGCCUAACCUGAACAACGUACGUACCACCUGUAAUCAUCUCGAUCUUCUAGACUCCAGAGUUGGGAUGGAGCAUGUCAUGAUAAAUCGAAGUCUUGUAAAGCGAAAAAUUCCUCACAUAAACUAAUCUGAUCCAUCAGAACGUUUAAUCUCAGUUGAGUUCCCCUCAAUGUAUCAGAUCAAGUUGUCUUUUUCAUUUUUUUAGCGGUUUAUCAAAUCACACACUCAGCUUUCGUAAAUAUUUAAUUGCACAUAAUACUUAUAA